AUGCAUCUCCUACCUCGCGAGAGGGACAAGCUUCUGCUAUACCAGGCCGGAAGUUUAGCACAACGGCGCCUGGCCUCCUGUACCCGCCUCAACGUUUCAGAAGCAACUGCGCUGAUCGCUCACGUACUCGGCGAGCUGAUCCGCACGGGCCAAUUCUCCGUGUCAGAUCUCAUGUCUCUCGGCAAGUCAUUCCUGGGGCAUGCCCAUGUGCAGCCGCACGUGCCGGCGCUGCUGCAUGAAGUCAUGGUGGAGGGAACAUUCCAGGACGGAACUUUUCUCGUCACGGUUCACGACCCGAUAUGUACGCCUUGGGGGACGACAUCAGGGGACGACGAGCAGGAGCACCUGCGCUUGGCGCUUUUCGGCAGUGGGCUCGCCGCGCCCAAUCGGGUGGCGUUCGGCUGGGGCCAAGGCGAACCCGAGGUCCUUCACGGUGCUGAAUUGCCUGGAGCGACUGUUGUUGCGAGGAGCAGUGUGCCGAUAACCCUCUGCGCCGACCGCCCGCGCGUCAAGGUGUGUGUGACAAAUACAGGUGACCGUCCUAUCCAAGUGGGCUCGCAUUACAAUUUCCUCGAAGUCAACCCGGCGUUAUCUUUCCCUCGCAUGCUAGCGCUCGGAAAGAGGCUCGACAUCCCUGCAGGGACUGCAGUGCGCUUCGAGCCAGGUGACGUGCGAAGCGUCACACUCGUCCAGGUCGGAGGCGACGGCGUGCUCAGCGGCGGCAAUGGAAUCGCGCAGGGCAGGAUUGCUGACAUAAUGUUCGAUGAGGCAAAGGUCAAUCAAGUCAAGGGCCGUCUUAAAGCACUCGGAUGCAAGGAUGAGCCUUUGCCUUCAUCCGAGGAGGCUCAGGACAUCCAGCCCGCUUCACUCUCGCGUGAAGCGUACUGUGCGCUGUACGGUCCCACCGUCGGCGACCGCGUGCGCUUGGCGGAUACGAGCCUUUGGAUCGAGCUGGAGAAGGACUUUACGUCCUAUGGCGAUGAGUGCAAAUUCGGAGGUGGAAAAGUGUUGCGGGACGGUAUGGGUCAGGCAUCAGGCAGGAGCGAUGAGGAGACGCUCGACACUGUCGUCAUCAACGCGCUUAUCGUUGACUGGUGGGGAAUCGUCAAGGCCGAUAUUGGUAUCAAGCAAGGCACGAUCGUCGGCAUCGGAAAAGCCGGUAACCCGGAUAUCAUGUCUGGUGUCACGCCGGGCAUGGUCAUUGGUAGCUGCACGGAGGUGAUUGCGGGGGAGAAAAUGAUCCUGACGGCAGGUGCGAUGGAUGCACACGUGCAUUACAUCUGUCCCGACCUAGUCGAGGAAGCCCUCGCGUCCGGUAUCACCACGUUGCUCGGGGGCGGCACGGGUCCCAGCGCGGGAACGAGCGCGACGACGUGCACGCCCGGACGUGACAAUCUGCGCUUCAUGUUGCGUGCGACGGAUCACUAUGCAUUGAACUUUGGGUUCACGGGAAAAGGCAAUGACAGUCAGGUCAAAGGGCUGCAGGAUCAGAUCAAAGCUGGGUGCUGCGGGUUGAAGAUCCAUGAGGAUUGGGGCACCACACCUGCCGUUAUCGAUGCCUGCUUGACCGUUUGCGACGAGCUCGACGUCUCGUGCAACAUUCAUACCGAUACCCUGAACGAGUCCUCUUUUGUCGAAGGCACAAUUGAUGCGUUCAAGGGGCGGACCAUCCACACGUACCACUCGGAAGGCGCGGGUGGCGGCCAUGCGCCAGACAUCAUCCGAGUGUGUGGCGAGCCGAAUGUGCUGCCAUCGUCCACGAACCCGACACGACCAUACUCCAAGAAUACCCUGGACGAGCACGUCGACAUGCUCAUGGUCUGCCACCACCUGUCCAAGGACAUCGCUGAGGAUGUGGCCUUUGCUGACUCGCGCAUUCGCGCCGAGACGGUUUCCGCGGAGGACGUGCUGCAGGACAGCGGCGCGAUCAGCAUCAUCAGCUCCGACAGUCAGGCGAUGGGACGCAUUGGCGAGGUCGUCGCACGUACGUGGAGGACAGCUGCGAAGAUGCGCGACCUCACCGGUCCGCUCCAGGGUGGCAAAGGGGGCCCGGACGCGCAAGGCAAAGACAACGAAAGGGUCAAGCGAUAUGUGGCCAAGUACACGAUCAACCCGGCUAUUGUGCAUGGAAUGUCGCAUCUGAUCGGUUCCGUCGAAGUGGGCAAACUUGCAGACUUGGUAUUGUAUAAGCCCGAGAAUUUCGGAACGAAGCCGGAAGUCGUCAUCAAAGGCGGCCAGAUUGCAUGGGCGCAAAUGGGAGACGCCAAUGCCUCGAUCCCCACUGUGCAGCCUAUCUACGGCAGGCCUAUGUACGGCGCGCAACCGGGUGCUGCACCGUACAACAGCAUUGUCUUUGUCAGCAAGGCUAGCUUGGAAAAUGGCAACAUCACAAGUUACAGCAUUCAGAAACGAGCGGAGGCAGUAAUUAAGUGUCGCGAUAUCAGCAAGCGCGACAUGAAGCUGAACAAUGCUCUUCCGAAAAUCACCGUCGACCCAGAAACGUAUGACGUACACGCCGACGGCCAGCUGUGCCAGGUACCGCCAGCCAACACAUUACCCAUGACGCAGGCUCACCACUUUUUCUGAAAUACUCUCAAGCACUUGAAUGGCCACGCGUACAAUCGUGUAUUAUAGGGGCAAGUCAGAGCUGGACUUCCAACCGCUCAGAAGACUCGCCAACCAGAGAAAGAAGGGCAAUUGUAUUGGCAUGAUGAGCAUUACUGCACAUGCUCUUCGCCUGAGAGGAUCGACUUUAAGCCUUCCGCGACCGACUGUUUGAACUGAGAGACGCAGCGCCCCACGAAGGACGACAAGUCAGCGU